AUGAGUCGGUUUACUGCCUCUGACGACGAACAACUCAUUGAGUUGGUUCAGGGUCAUCCUAUAAUAUGGAAUAUAAUGGAGAAGGAUUAUAAGAAUGUUGUGAAGAAAGAGUUUAUAUGGAGUGAUAUUGGCAAGACAAUGAACAAAACUGGGACUGAGUGUAAAGCCAGAUGGAAGAAUAUGAGGGAUUAUUUUAGAAAACAAAAGAAGGAAGAGAGAAAUCAAACAACAGGGUCUGCAGCAACAAAAAGGAAAGCGGGAUACUGGGAAAGACUGCGUUUUUUAGAUGUGGUGCCAGAGGAAAGAUGUAGUUUAACAAAUAUUGAAUCAUCGGUCUCUGAAGAAUCAUUUGGUGAUCAAUUAGAUUAUGUUGACGAUCUCUUAGAUUUAACAGCGUCGAAUGUGCAAGGAGAUAUUUCGGAAUCGGACAGCGGACAGCGGAGAGCGGACUCCGUUCUCCGCUGUCCGCUCUCGGUUGUCCGCUCUCCGCCGGCCGACUCCGCUGCUAGGAAAACCCAGCUUUUACAACUAUAA